UGAAGAGUUUGACCUUCAUAAGCACACCAAAAAAGGAUAAUACAGUAUCAAUUUAAUUGGUAUUCCUCUUUCUCCAACCUUAAGCCAUUGCGCAGAACGAUCAGUCAGAACAAAAACUAGCAAUGUAUCCGAGAGUUAAAGCAAAAGACAAAACUUUUAACUGCAACCAAAGUGGUUCUUGUCUGAACUCUAACUAUCUCCAAUCUCGUGCCUCUGAGAAUAAGCAAGAAGAAGAUUUGCAUAUAAUUGUGGCGAAGAUUCCUAAGAUUUACAUUCCAAGUGUCCUCAUGUCUGAAAGUCAAUCCAAGGACAUGAAAAAGCAUAUCAGAGGAGCUGAAAUCGAACCGAUACAAAAACCCAAAACCAGCCCGGUUUUACGCCCACGCGCUGUUGUAUCAAGUCCUGAUAAUGAUGCAUUGAUCGGAAGCAUUAACAAAAGCGAAGAGAAUAAAGCUAAGACGGGUUUAAAGAGUAACGGUCAUGUCUCAAAAAGAGCUUCGCAGCGUAAGAAUAUUGAUACGAAUGUGAAGUUUUCGCAUCGCCCAGUAGCUACGAAAUCGGGAACCAGUUUGAAGGAUCACAAAUGAUUAACUUGUUUAUUGCUGAUCUUAUAGUUUCGUUCAUGAUUCCAUAAAUAAUGGCCUCAUGAGAUGAAACUAUAUAAACCUUUUAUCAAAAAAAAGAGAUGAAACUAUAUAUUUGGAAAAAUGAAUGGUAUACCACUUAUUCACGCUAGUUGUGAUCUUCAUCAUUUCACGACAUUUUCACUUCACAUUUUUGACAUUUUAUUCCGGAAUGUAUAAUGACAAAACAUUGGCUGAUUGUUCAAUAUAAAUUUUAUUAUUUCCGUUA